UUUAUUCCAUUCUGACCCGUUUUUGCUCAGUCGUCUCCGAAAAGCUAAUUGAACGGUCACUAAAAAUGGAAUGUGGCUGCGCGGCGCCUUACAUCGGCCCUCCACUCGACAAUACGUGCGGGGGUGGCGCGUUCGUACUCUUCAUGACCCUACUGGACUCCUUCAUCCGGAAACGGUGCGACAUAUCCGAGAUCUGUGAAAGGGUGGUUCCCAAAACGACACCAGAUCCUGAAUACGACUUCGUCGUGAUAGGGGGUGGGAGUGGAGGUGCCGCAGCUGCAGGAAGGCUCUCAGAGGUUCCCAACUGGAAGGUACUACUGAUAGAAGCUGGGAACGAUGAACCUCCGGGGUCCCAAGUGCCUUCCAUGGUGGUGAGCUACCACGGUAAUCCUCACCUAGACUGGAAUUAUAGAACAGAACCUGAGCCUGUAGGGUGCCAAGGGUUUCCAGAGAGGAGGUGCUCUUGGCCUAGAGGGAAGGUGCUUGGGGGCUGCAGCGUGAUCAAUGGUAUGAUGUACACUAGAGGUACGCCUAGGGACUACGACAAGUGGGCAGCUGCUGGUAACAAGGGGUGGAGUUAUAAGGAUGUUUUGCCCGUGUUUAAGAGCUUCGAGGACAACCAGGAGAUUGGGUCUUUGGUAGAUGCUAAUUAUCAUGGGACUGGUGGUCCACUGACAACAGCAAGGUUCAAGCACCAGCCUGAAUUGGCGUACGAUAUAUUGGAAGCAGCGAAGGAAAUUGGGUACAAUGUGGUGAAUGAUUUAAAUGGUAAAGAGUACUCAGGAUUUACAAUUGCACAAGCUAACACUAGGAACGGGGCUCGCCUCAGCAGCGCCAGAGCAUACCUCCGGCCGGCCCGAAAUCGUCCCAACCUGCAUGUAAUGUUAAAUUCAACGGCCGCCCGAAUCCUACUCAGCAACACCGGAGGAAAAAAAGUAAUCCGGGGGGUGGAGUUCCUGUACGGGAACAAAUUGCACACCGUGAGGGUGUCCAAGGAGGUGGUUCUGGCGGCCGGCGCCAUUAACUCCCCGCAGAUCCUCUUGCUGUCCGGCAUCGGACCCAAAGCGGAGUUGACUAAAGUCGGCAUUCAACAGCUGCACGAGCUGCCGGGCGUAGGGAGGAAUUUGCAGAACCACGUCGCUUUCUAUAUGACUUUCUUGAUGGAGAAGCAGAGGGAUAUUAGCGACCUGAAUUGGGCGACGGCUUUGGACUAUAUUAUCAACAGACAGGGUCCUAUGACGUCAACAGGUAUGUCCCAGGUUACCGCCCGAAUAAACUCCCCAUACGCAGAUCCCAGUGGUACUGACCCCGAUCUUCAAAUAUUCUUUUCCGGUUUCUUGGCACGUUGUGCCAGUUCAGGAGAAGUCAGAGCUGCUGCAGAUCCUGAUAAUCCAGAUGCUCCCAAGACGUUGACCGUAUCACCAGUUACUCUACAUCCAAAAAGUAAGGGAUACAUUGGACUGAGAUCGAAAAAUCCUCUUGAUCCUCCUGUUAUGGUUGCCAAUUACUUAACGGAACCAGACGAUGCCAACACUCUAGUGGCUGGGAUAAGAGUGAUUCAAAGACUUGUGAAUAGUACGGUUUUGAGAAACAAGUAUGGACUGGUAUUGCCCAAAGAGGAAUAUGGUGACUGCGAGAGAAAGCAUGGGUAUGACACUGAUGCAUUUUGGCAUUGCGCUGUACGUUACUACACAGGACCUGAAAACCACCAAGUCUCAUCCUGUAGAAUGGGCCCAUCUUCCGACCCAAUGGCAGUCGUCAAUAAUCAACUCGAAGUGCACGGCAUAGACGGUAUAAGGGUGAUGGACGCCUCCGCAAUGCCGAUCUUGGUUUCGGGAAACACUCACGCCACCAUCGUGAUGAUGGCCGAGAGGGGAGUAGAUUUCGUAAAAAGAAGGUGGCUUCCAACUAACACUGUGGCGAACAGAGGAAGUUUCAUCGGUAGUCAAACCACUCGGAAACCAUUUGGUAUCACGAAUCCGCCACAGUAUUACAACAAAAUUCAAAAUAACGGCCAAGGUCGAUAUACCGUGAAACUUAGUGCUCCUGUUAGUGUUCAGCAACAUAAACCAGCUACUAGUCAUUCGCAGCAAUACCAACAGCACCAACAAACUAAUAACCAACAGUAUCCCAACAAUCGUUAUCAAGGCAAAGAUUAUUAUUUGGCACACGACUAUGAUGUCAAUAAUUUCCACGGUACAUAUCAGUAAAUAUUUUUUUACCAGUGUACCUGAUAUUUGGAAGCUAAUAAUAAUAAGUAAAAGUUGUUUGUUUAUUAUUCUAUUUCCAAAUCUGUAAUGUGGAUGAACAAGGAAUUUACAUAUAUGUAUAGGUACAUACAUAUAUGAUUAUUUCCUUACAUUAAGGAAUUUUGUAAAAACUGUGUCUUAAGACUGUAAGGAAUAUAUCAAUUUUAACUAGACACAGUGUUACUAAUAUUCUUAAUGAUACAAUGGAUAUUAUACAGAUAUUUCUUCACUUUUUCUCCACCAUGCCUUAUAUAUUUGUUAAAUUAUUUCUAGUAGUAUUAUAACAAAAAAAGCUCAUUAUGUAUUAGCGCUUAAUGUAUUAUGUCAUUGUGUAUGUCAGUUCCGUUUGAAAAUUAAUAUCAAUAAAAUAUAUACUCUUGGUAAUGUACUUUAGUGAUGUUUUAAAUAUAUGUUCAGUAUUUUUCCCAAAUGUUAUUAGUUAAUUCAUUCAUUAAUAUUCUUCACUAAUAGUACAAUGUGUUUUCGGGUUGUUUUGUCGUGUCCGGCCACACAAACCUAGCCCGAGAACAACAGGGGUAGGUCCUGACAUCCAGGAAAAAUAUCGUACUUUAAAUAUGCUUCACUCGUUUGAAGUUAAAACUAGUUUCAUGAACUUUUGGUUGUUCCCUUUUAUCUCCAACUGUACCCAUUUGGUUUCAAGGCAUCUAUAGUAGUCGACCAAUUGAAAAAUAAAUAAACCAAUAAACUCUACAUUUCAGAAGUUCACAACAUUAUUCUAUGAAAACCCAAUUUUUUUUAUAUAUUUUACUAUCAACC